GCAGAGUUUCCUGCUUUCCAGAGAGGUGUGGGCAGGGGAGUCAAGGUUUUUUUGUUUUUUUUUUUUUUUUCUCUCCACAGGGCAGGUAGGAGAGACGGCAUAAAUGAGCCGCUCUGUAACUCUGGACAGCUCUGGAUCUCCUUUUCAACUAGGUGAAGAGUUUUCCUGCGUUCCUUUUCUCUAUCCUCCUGGAGUGUAUAUUGGGACAGGGUUUAUUGGUGUCCUUUUAGAUCCUCAGAAGAGAUUCUGACUUCCAGAGACAGAGUCAUGCUGUACACUGAGCUUAUUCAGUUAUGGGACGAAGCUGUGCGUGCUGUGGACAACCGAGACUGGGACGGUGCUCUUGCCAAGCUCAAUCAGAUCUCUGAGCCCACAUCUCGCACUCUGUUCGUCACCGCAUCUGUGCACCUCGCUUUGGGCCAGGUCGAGGAAGCAAUUCAAGCUCUGGAUCAGGUUAUUGCCAAGGACGAAAGGCUUGCUGUGGGCUUUUUCCAAAGGGCUGCAGUGCACAUGAUGGCAGGAAGACUGGAUGAGGCUCUCGGCGACUGUAUUUGGGCGCAGAAGCACAUGAGAACCAAUACUGUCAUUGACUACAAACAGCUGGGACUGCGCUAUAGACUCUACAACUGGCAGGUUCUUUAUAACGCAGCAGCUGUGCACUGUAGACUAAAACAGUGGAAUAAAGCUGCAGAGAUCCUACAGGCUGCUUUACAGGAGGGAGGAGGAAGAGGAGAUCAAGUCGACUCGGCCAUGAAGAGUGUAGCGAUGAGGGAGAUGAUUGCGCCUCUAAUGGUCCCAGAGGGAGUGGUGUUCCGGCCCAGGAAACAGUAUGUGGAGGAGCUUCAGCCCAGAGACUUCCUGGGCAAAGCGGAGGUCAUCAUUUCUGACAUCCCGAACGAUGACUUUGGUGGUUUUGAACCUCUGAGGUUGCAGAAACCUGGAUAUUAUGAGCCACAGGUUGAAGAGGGCCAGGACUCGCGCUACAUGUGUGUGAAGAAGGCUUACAUUGGGAGGAAUGCGGGUGAGCUCACUGUGCCGGCCGGUGCUUACGUGUACGUGUUCAGUGAAGAGGACAAGGACGGACUCGUCACAGUCAUAUAUGACGGCCAGAGAGGCCUGCUGCCAAGCCUCCUGCUCGAAACAGUGAUGAAAAAGACAAAAGACAAGAGAAGGAAAAGCUCCGCUAGUGGGAUUCCUCUCCCGCCGAGCAUGAAGCCCCCUACACGCCCACAGACUGCUGCUCCUCCUCCUCCAGAAUUGCCCUCUGUGGACACCAGCAACACACAGACCACACCUUCUACGCAGUACAGCAGCGCAGCCCUGAGCCCUAAUGCCCAGACGACAGGAGCAGACUCAGUCGUAGUUAAGGUGCACUACACUUACACCAUUGCUUUGAGUGUCCCACUAGAGACACCAUACCGGGAGCUGCAGGAGAGAAUCGCUCAGAAACUAGGACAGCCUGCUGAACUCAUUCGUCUGAGACAUAAGCAGCAUGGCUCCUCCGUCCUGACGCCUCUGGAGGAGGAUGGAGGUGUGAGGAGCCUGGCUGAAGUGGUAGAAGCAGGCCGAGCCACUCUGUGGUGUCAGGCCGAGGAUCCUCUGGCAAACAGGAAAAUUCUCUACCAGAUGGUGGCACUAUAUGACUACACGGCACAAGGACCUGAAGACCUGGAGUUCAGUGAGGGGGACACCAUUGACAUCCUCAGUGAAGUGAAUGAAGAAUGGCUAGAAGGACACACAGCUGGAAAUAUUGGCAUUUUCCCCAGAUGUUUUGCCUAUAGAGACUCUCCAGAGAAAGUCACAAUCAGUGAAACAACAUCACAAGAAAAUAUUAAGUAGUGAUUAUAAAUAGAUUAAGGUGUGUUUGCUGGGUAAUAUUUUGUAUAAAAAAAAUCUAUUCAAUAACAUCACCAAACAUGCAGUACUGUGCUUAACAUAGCAUUUCACAUUCUAAUCAUAUUGAUUAUAUAAAAUCAGGACUGCAGUUAUGUUUCUAUCUUUCUCUUAGUAUCAGUUUAUGAUAUUUGUUUCCGAGCCUGUAAUGGAAAUUCCACAUCAUAUGAUUUUCAUUUAUAAUUUGUUACAUACUGUGUAUUUGUCCACUAAAGUCAAAUUUGUCUGCCAGGCAUAAUUAGCACCAACUUAUUAUACAAUGUUAAUAGGUGGGGCACCUGGAUGAAUGUAAAAUCUCAUAAAACUGGAUUGUCAGACACUAAGGUUGUCUUUUGUGCUUCAUGUUCAAGCAGAACACAACACUGACACUCCCACAGGGCAGGAUGACAGCAGUAGGGUGUGUAAGGUGUGAAUCAGGACUGGGAUCCAACAGGACCCAAAGGAAACAAACAAACAAAAAAGUCACAUGAGCGGGUAUUAUUUACUUUCCCUUAUAUGAGGGAUUAGAUAUGAAGCUUGGCCAUGUUUAUUGACCCUACAUUCACACUAACAAGCAAUAGGUCCUUCUUGCUAGGGCAGGACUAGUCAGAAUUCCUUCAGGAGAGGGUGGGACUGGUCAGAAUUCCUUUGGGAGCAGUAGGGAUUGGUCAGAAUUUCUUCGGGAGUGGGUGGGACUAGUCAGAAUUCCUUCAGGAGUGGGUGGGACUAGUCAGAAUUCCUUCAUGAGCAGUAGGGAUUGGUCAGAAUUCGUUCAGGAGCAGGUGGGACUGGUCAGAAUUCAUUUGGGAGCUGUAGGGACUGGUCAGAAUUCCUUCAGGACUAGAUGGGAUUGGUCAGAAUUCCUUCAGGAGCAGGUGGGACUGGUCAGAAUUCUUUUGGGAGCAGUAGGGAUUGUUCAGAAUAUCUUCAGGAGCAGGUGGGACUGGUCAGAAUUCUUUUGGGAGCAGUAGGGAUUGUUCAGAAUAUCUUCAGGAGGAGGUGGGAUUGGUCAGAAUUCUUUUGGGAGCAGUAAGGAUUGGUCAGAAUUCCUUCAGGAGCAGGUGGGAUUGGUCAGAAUUCAUUUGGGAGCAGUAGGGAUUGAUCAGAAUUCCUUCAGGCACGGGAUUUAAAAACAGUCUCGUGCGUACAUCUAACGCGAAGCUUGUGGGAGAAAUAAAUUCCACGUUCAUUAUCAGGAGAGUGUACUGGGUGCGCGCGCCUAGCUCGCUGUGUUUAAAAUUACUAAUCUGUUUAUAUUUUACGAAAUCGCUUCAACUAAAUUGGUAGGAAAAUAUCGCGGGCAAAAUUAAUAAGUGCAGUAUCAGGUGGAAUGGGUGAUGGGUGAUGGAGUAAAAGUUUAGUCUUGUGCAUACCUGUGGAUCAAAUCUGUGUGUGACUUGUGUAAGGAGCAGGAUUUACUGUAACACUGGCCUGCAAAACCAGCGGAUAUCAAUCCAACAAAGCACCUGUGGGAUUAUUUGGAGCAGCAGGUAAAUCCCCAAAACAGACUACAGCUCUAACUGGAUUUCACCCAGCCAGAGGAAGUGUGAGCUAAAGCUGACAACUGACAUCUCAAGACACUUGGUGAAGAGGGGAGGUGUAACAAAGCAUUGGACACUGGUGGAAAAUACUUCAGUACUGUUUUUAUGUUUUGUGAGAGUUGUUCAUGAGUCCCUUGUUUGUCCUGAGCAGUUAAACUGUCCACUGUUCUUGAGAAAAAUCCUCCAGGUCCUGCACAUUCUUUACUUUUCCAGCAUGUUCUGCAUUUUUGAGCCCUUUCCAACAGCGGCUCUAUGAUGCUGAUAUGCAUCUUUUCACACUGGGGACAACUGAGGGACUCGUACACGGCUAUUGCAAAAGGUGCAAACAUUCACUGAUGCUCAAGAAGGCAACACGAUACAUUAAGAGCCAGGGGGGUGUAAACUUUUGAACAGGAUGAUUGGUGUAAAUAGUUCUUAUUUUGUUCAAAGAACUUGGUUAAUUUAGUACUACCCUUCAGAAGCUUAAUAAAAUAUUUACAUGUUUCCCAGAAGACAUAAUAACAACAAUUUACACCGCUCAUCCUGUUCAAAAGUUUACACCCCCCUGAGACCAUGAUGCCAUGUAUCCUAACAAAAUGUCCAGGUCCUCUGGCAGAAAAACAGCCCCAAAACAUUAUAGAGCAUUAAAAAAAAAAAAAAAACAUUUUUCUGUAACAUUUCAUCUGGGCUACAAAAUUAAUGAUUUUUGUACUGAUUUGAUAAUGUAGAAGUCAUAAAAUAAAAAAACUUCCUAAAACUUUUGCACAGUACUGUAUGUGCCGCAGCUCUCGAUCGUAAAGAUGUGAAUGACAAUUAGUGAUAGCUUCUGCUUCAUCUUUUACUUUUGCACAGUACUGUACAUAUUUAUAUAUUCCACCCAUGUUCAGUUCUGACGAACUUUCCAUUACCAGCUUUUCCAUAAUCUAUAGCUUUAUCCUUUGUCAAUUCAUGUUUCAGUUUUAUGUUUUUUUUCCCCUCUCACUCAGAUUAGAGCCAAGUUCUGGAAGUGCUCUUAGCUGGAACAUAAUGGCCUUUGGGGAAUUUAAAUCUUCUGCAGCGAAAUAAUUAAAAUAAAGCUGAGUCUGAGCCUUAGCAAGUUGAUUUAGCAGAAUAUUAAUGAAUACGAGCUACAAUUUCAGAUUCUUUUAGGUGUCACAAAUGAGUUUAAUUCAGUUUAGAAGAGUUUAAAGGGAUUUAGUGUUGCAUAUGCUGCCACUUCUUGUUUGCAUAAUUUUUUACCACUUCACAUCUAUCGGCAGGAGUGAUUUAUCAAGUGCAUUGUAACAGAAAAAGUAGAUUUAAUGUAGUGGUAGUCAGAAAUACAGAACACUUUCAGCAGUCAUUCAUUUUUCUGUCACUACUACUAUGUACAGUUGAGUGUAAAAGUGUGCACCCUAGAGGUCGACUGAUUGAUCGGUUUUGCCGAUUAAUUGGCAUGAUAAACGAUUGCUGGAACUAUCGGAUAUAGGCAAAAUUCCACACUGAUAGUUUUUCCCGGUUUCGUCUGUUGCGGGAGUGGCUGAGAAUGGACCGCUGUCAUUAUACAGAAUGAGAGCGGCCUCUAGAGGUGAAAUAAAAUCCAUCACUGACUAAUUUUGUUGUGUUAUUUGAAGUGUUUUUUUAUUCUUUUUUUAUGUCUCUAUUUUUAUUUGUUAUUUGGAGUGUUAAUUUUUGUAUGUACAUCUUUUAUUUAUGUUAAUAUUUAUUAAUAGGUAAUAUAUAUUAGUAUUUAUAUAUUUUUCAUUAAACAAAAUACAGUAUCUUUUCACGAUACAGUCAGUACUGUUUAUUUUUGUACUUGUAAACUUCAGCAAUAUUUUACUUUGAGUGUUAUGUUUUCAUUCUGUAUCAAUUGUAAAAAAAAAAAAAAAUAAUAAUAAUAAUAAAAAAAAGCUCUUGAUGAAUCGGUUAUCGGCAGGUACUUCCCAGCUUAGUUAUCGGUAUCGGUAAAACCCACUAUCGGUCGACCUCUAGUGCACCCCCCUGCCCCCCAUGGCAGCUAGGCAUGGAAAAAAAGAAACCAUUUUUCCAGGAGGUAUUUGUAUCCUGAACAAGACAAAAAAUACACAAAAUCAACAGUAAAACAUCAAAAAAUAACAAAACGUCAAAGAUGUGUAAGGAUGCGCACGUUAUUAGAGAAUAUUUAUAUAACAUUCAGAAAGCGAGAUCUAAACUGAUACACAGUAUUUUUCAAUAUUAAUAUCUAAUUAACGUCUAUAUUUGACUAUUUGUGCUUGAUUAUGAAGAAACAUAAUCAAGAGCAAAGAUAAACCUCAACACCGUAAAUCUGUUAAAGUGUUGUUGUACCAUAAAUAAAAUGUGCAAACUUUUGCCCUUCACUUUAUACAUACCACAUUCUCUCUGUGGCUCUCAGCGGAACCAAAUCUUCAUUAUACUUAUCUUAAUUUGUUCAGCCAUUACACUUCAUCACGUAUUACAGAUUCCACUCAUUACCCCUUUAUACUAAGAUGAAAUGAGGUUGAACGCAUCUCAGUGAGGUAUCAGCAGUAUUGUAUUUAAUGGUGUGAAAGCCUGGCCCGGCUUCAGACCUCUAUGAUGUUUGGCUUUUGGACAGUCGGAGUGCAGCAUAAGGUCCCUCUCUUUUUUUAUUGUACGGUAAUCAUAGUGUUGGCAACGCUUGCCGUGAUACACUUUCCUCCCUUACUUCCAUUAAACAUGCUGCCGUUAAUCAAACAGCAGCCUCUUUCCAGCGCCAGACCCGUAAAUCAAUUACUCGCAGCCUUUCUCCUCCUCUUCAGUUUUACAUGUGUAUAUGCUAGUGACAAUUUCCUAUAGCUUACUAUGGGUUGUUC